AUGUCACAGUCAGGUACAGGCCAACAUGUCUUCUUGACGGGUGCAAACGGGUUUGUCGCUUCCCACAUACUGGAUAUCUUGAUAAACCGAGGAUAUACCAUUACGGCAACGGUGCGGUCUCAGGCCAAGGCUGACGAUAUCAUCAAAACACACGCGUCAUGGAAGAGCCAUGUGGAGUUUAUGAUAGUCGCAGACUUCACAUCUGAGGGACCUUUCGAUAAAAUAUUCAAGGAUUCCAAGAAGCCCUUCGACUAUGUUAUUCACACAGCCUCUCCUCUCCGAUUCCAGGUUUCUGAUAUCCGGAAAGAGAUGAUCGAGCCCGCCGAAAUGGGAACAAUGGAGAUUCUAAAAGCAGCAGAUUACUACGGUGGCUCCUCUCUGAAGCGCUUUAUUCUGCUCGGCAGUGCUGUUUCAGUCCUGAACUCUUUUGAAGACAUCACGAAAGAGGGAAGGCCCUACACCGAGAAAGACUGGAACCCUGUCACAGCUGAGCAAGCUGUCCAGCGGAGUGAUCCAGUUCUCGGCUACAACGUCUCCAAGACUCGCGCCGAGGCCGUGGCAUGGGAGUUCAUGAAGAAUAACAACCCAUCUUUUGAUUUGAGCGUCAUUAAUCCGGACAUUAUCACUGGGCCGAUGCUCCAUCCCAUCUCCGGGCCGAGUUCCAUAAACGAGACGAACCACUUUGCCAUCGCGAGCUUCAUUGACGGAACUCACAAGCAAAUCGAAGGCGUGACUUUCCCUUUCUACCACUUUGUUGAUGUUCGCGAUGUAGCUCGGAGUCAUGUCGAUGCUCUGACCAACCCAGCAGCUUCGAAUCAACGCAUUCUGCUGAUAUCGGGUCUGAUUUCUCCACAACUUGUGGCCAACACAAUCCGUGAGAAUUUCCCAUCGCUGGCAAAGAGGGUGCCUGAAGGAAACCCCUCCCAGAUUCUACCUCCGGGUGUUCACCCAACAGGAUGGGAUAUGAAAGUCAGCUUGGAUAUCUUGGCUAAAGGCACUGAAAGUGGAAAGUGGAAUUAUGUUGAUUUGAAGACUAGUGUUGUUGAUGCUGUCAGCUCUAUGCUGUCGACUGGGGUUAUUUAA